AAAAAAAACAAAUAUCUAAUUAUAAUUUCUUAGUACAUAUUCCAAAUUCAUCUUAUUCGAUUCUGUCUUAUUUUUCUGGACUGUUCAAAAUCAGUUUCGGACUUUGUGCAAUAAAAAAGUGUCAUGGCUUUCGCAGGUCCCGGUCCAAUUUAUUCUUUACCUUCCACUAUUGGCUAUGAAAACCACGACCAAAGAAAAUUACGCAUGCCCCAAUAUUCAUUUGGCGCACGAACAAAAAUGACAAAUAAGAAUGUGGUACCCGGCCCUAGUUACAAUGUUUCUGCACUAACACGUUAUGGACCGCAUAAGCCAUGUGCCUUUAGUCUUGCACCAAGAACGUUAAUAAAGGGUAUAAUCAUUGGCCCGGGCCCUGCGAGCUACGAUCUCGACAAAUCCAGGUAUAUAAGUUCAAAUAGUCCACCAUCAUAUUCCAUCGGUCGAAGAACGACUAUAUCAAGCAGGAGUAUAUGUCCUGGGCCCAACGCUUAUGGAAUAAGAGACCGUUUCGCAAAACCUGCAGCUCCAGCCUUUAGCAUCGGCAUGCGCACUAGCCUUAAAAGUAAAAGUAUGUCACCCGGGCCAGCAAAUUAUAGCCCUGCUCAUUUGAGAACCUACUUGCCUAGAGCUCCAGAAUAUACGCUAGGUCCUCGAACAAUGUUCCACACCAAGUUAUUCGGACCCGCGGCGAACGCCUACGAUCGCAUCAACUAUAAACCUGGAAAGAGCGCACCUCAAUACUCAUUUGGUGUACGCCAUUCCCAAAGAGCGCCACCAAUGAUCGUUGCCUGUGACAACAUGUAAUAUAUGUACCAACGUUCCGAUCCUAUUAUUUGCAGUCCUUAACUCCAACAUUAUAAUAUUAUUCAAAAAAAUCUUCAACUAAUGUCAAACAAAAAAUUUAAUUAAAUCAGGAUAGUUAACAACAUCGACAUUUUAUCAUCAUAUGUAAAAACAGUUCGAAAUAAAACAUCGGUGCAAAAUUAAA